AUGGUUUACAUUUGGAGUGAUCAAGAGAGUGUUGAUGAACUGAAACACAAGCUUCUCUGCACCAAUUUUGAACUAGAAUCAGCAAAGAUGAUGGCAAAAGAGGAGGUAAGCAAAAAUGAGGAGAUCAUAAAGCAGUUAUAUGAACUCUUGAAGGCUGCUUGCCAAGAAAGAGAUGAAGCAAGAAACCAGUUGCAAAAGCUAAUGAAUGAGUUAUUGCCAUCCAUACCAGCUGAUCAAACCACUCAUAUCCUCUCAUCACAACCCAAUAAUGAAAACCCAAUUCCCCAAAAAACCACAAACCCAUCAAUGCUAAAAGAAUCAGAAGCUCUUCUUCCCCAAACAUACAAUUUCCAUGUUUAUGGUUCAUAUCCCACAAACUGCAACUUGGGUUCUAUCUCUUUCCAAGGCCUGCCUAAUGCCAACUUUGCUGAUUCAAGUAACUUGGCUCUGCCAAAAAGGCCUGUUGCUCAAGAAUGUGGCUCCAAGUUUGAUUGUGCUUCUGUUCUAAUUGAUAACAUUGCUAGAGUGAGACCAUUGCCCAAGAAAGGAAGACUGAUGCAGGCUGUCAUGGAUACUGGUCCUUUACUUCAAACACUUCUUGUUGCACCUCUUCCCAAGUGGAAAAAUCCACCCACUCUCAUCUAUGGAGGUGAUCAUUGUGGCUCAUUAAUAGAGCAGAGAUUAGAAGCAGUCGAGUCGAUUUGCCCAACGCAGAGUUCAUCGAGUGGUUCUGCUUCAUUCCUUGAUAGUUCACCCGGCUUUUCUCAGAUACCAUCUUCUUCUGUGUUGAACUUUGCACGUGGCUCUGCUUGUUUGAACAAUGGCCUGCAAUUGCAUGUUGGAAACAAUACAGAUGCCAUGCAGUAUCAGAUUGCAACUGGUAAACGAAGAAGGUUCUGA